CCCUCCCUCCGCAGAUGCCGCUUCCCCGGCGGCCGGGACGGCGGCCCCCGGCACCUGCCCGGUGCUGAGCCCGGGGCUGGGGGGAGGGGGGAGGUCCGGGGGUCCCCCCUGAGCCCCCCCGUCAUGUUCUCGGUGCAGGAGGCGCUGCCCCGGGGGGGGGUCCCCAUGAAGGAGCCGCUGAGCGCGGGGCUCCCCGCCGGCCGCUGGCUGCAGGGCACCGGCAUCCUGGACGCCAGCACGGCGGCGCAGAGCGGCGUGUCGCUGGCCCGCGCUCACUUCGAGAAGCAGCCCCCGGCCAACCUGCGCAAGUCCAACUUCUUCCACUUCGUGCUGGCCAUGUACGACCGGCAGGGCCAGCCCGUGGAGGUGGAGCGCACCUGCUUCAUCGACUUCGUGGAGAAGGAGCGGGAGCAGAACGGGGAGAAAACCAACAACGGGAUCCACUACCGGCUGCAGCUGCUCUACAGCAACGGGCUCCGCACCGCAGAUUUGUACGUGCGCCUCAUCGACUCCAUGUCCAAGCAGGCCAUCAUCUACGAGGGGCAGGACAAGAACCCGAGAUGUGCCGGUGUGCUGACCCACGAGAUCAUGUGCAGCCGCUGCUGUGACAAGAAGAGCUGCGGGAACCGCAACGAGACCCCCUCGGACCCCGUCAUCAUCGACAGGUUUUUCCUCAAGUUUUUCCUCAAAUGCAACCAGAACUGCCUGAAAAACGCCGGGAACCCGCGGGACAUGCGGCGCUUCCAGGUGGUGGUGUCCACCACGGUGCACGUGGACGGCCACGUCCUGGCCGUGUCCGACAACAUGUUCGUGCACAACAACUCCAAGCACGGCCGGCGCGCGCGGCGCCUCGACCCCUCCGAAGCAGCCACCCCCUGCAUCAAGGCCAUCAGCCCCAGCGAGGGCUGGAACGGCGGUGCCACCGUCAUCGUCAUCGGGGACAACUUCUUCGAUGGCCUGCAGGUGCUGUUCGGCACCGUGCUGGUGUGGAGCGAGCUCAUCACCCCCCACGCCAUCCGCGUGCAGACCCCCCCCCGGCAUCCCGGGGUCGUGGAGGUGACGCUGUCCUACAAGGCCAAGCACUUCUGCAAGGGCGCGCCCGGGCGCUUCGUCUACACCGCCCUGAACGAGCCCACCAUCGAUUACGGCUUCCAGCGGCUGCAGAAGGUGAUCCCGCGGCACCCCGGGGACCCCGAGCGCCUGCCCAAGGAGGUGCUGCUGAAGCGCGCGGCCGACCUGGUGGAGGCGCUUUAUGGGGUCCCCCACAGCAGCCAGGACGUGCUGCUGAAGCGGGCGGCCGACGUGGCCGAGGCGCUGUACAGUGUCCCCAGGGCCCCCGCGCAUGUCACUGUCCCCUCCUUCGGCGGGGGACAGCUCGGCCUGGCCAUGGGCGACUCCCCGCAGGGCUCCGAACAAGGGUUCUCGCGCAGCCCCGGGACGCCCCCGGCGCGGGGGUUCGGCCCCCCGGGCUCUGCCCCCCAGCAGGGCUUUGCCGGGGCCACCGGGGGCUUCGGCGGGGCCACCAUGGCCGGGCUGGGGGUCCCCGGGUCCCCUCCGAGCUUCCUGAACGGCUCCACGGCCACCUCCCCCUACGCCAUCCUGCCCGCCAGUCCCCCUCUGGGCGCCUCGUCCGUCACUGUCACCGGGCCCGGCACGGCCACCCCGCCCGGUGGCUUCUCCUUCUCUCCGGUGACGAUGAUCUCGGCCGUGAAGCAGAAGAGCGCCUUCGCCCCCGUGCUGCGGCCGCAGGGCUCGCCCCCGCCCGCCUGCGCCAGCGCCCUGCAAGACCCAGCUUUCGAGGACUCGGACAAAUUCCAUGCUCCGGCACGGCCGCUCCAGGGAUUGGCCUAUUCCUAAGGACGGCGUUUCCGGACCCCCCAUCCCACCAGGACAGGAGCGGGGACAAGGACUGGGGACAUCCCUGUCCCCUGUGCCCACCCCUCGCCUCCCCUCAGAGCUGGGAUGGUGCCGGGAUGAGGGGACCCGGCCACCCGAUGUCCCCAUCCCGGGGGACCCCGGCCUGGCCCGGCUGAGGGGGGACUUGGGGAAAUCCUGGAAUGAGCCAAAAUUCCUGGGUUUGGCCUCGGGAAGAGGCGGAGAGAGCCGGGAAUGGGGGGCAGCGGAGGGCGCGGGAGGGGUGAUCCGAGGUGGGAGGGAAGCUCUGGAAAAGGAUGGAUGAUCCAAGGUGGGAUAGAUGAUCCAGGAUGGGAUGGAUGAUCCAGGUGGGAUGGAAGCUCUGGAAUAGGAAGGAUGUUCCAAAGUGGGAUGGAUGGUCCAGAAUAGGAUGGGAAGGAUGAUCCAGUGUGGGAUGGAUACUCCAGGAUGGGAAGGAUGAUCCAGUGUGGGAUGGAUACUCCAGGAUGGGAAGGAUGAUCCAGUGUGGGAUGGAUACUCCAGGAUGGGAAGGAUGAUCCAGUGUGGGAUGGAUACUCCAGGAUGGGAAGGAUGAUCCAGGUGGGAUGAAAAGCUCUGGAAUAGGAGGGACGACCCAAAGUGGGAUGGAUGUUCCAAGGUGGGAGAGAUGAUCCAAAGUGGAAUGCAUGAUCCAAAGUGGGAUGGAUGCUCCAGGAGGGAUGAUCUAGAAUAGGAUGGAUAUUCCAGGAUGGGAGAUGAUCCAAGGAGGGAUGGAUGCUCCAGGUGGGAUGGAAGCUCUGGAAUAGGAGGGAUGACCCAAAGUGGGAUAGAUGAUCCAGCAGUGGAUGUUCCAAAAUGGGAUGGAUGAUCCAAGGUGGGAUGGAUGCUCCAGGUGGGAUGGAAGCUCUGGAAUGGGAGGGAUGAUCUAGAAUAGGAUGGAUAUUCCAGGAUGGGAGAGAUGAUCCAAGGUGGGAUGCACGAUUGAAGGCAGGAUGGAUGACCCAUGGUGGGAUGGAUGCUUUGGAAUAGGCAGGAUGAUCCAGGGUGGAAUGGAAGCUCCAGGUAGGAGAGAUGAUCCGGGUGGGAUGGAAGCUCUGGAAUAGGAAGGAUGAUCCAGGGUGGGAUGGAUGAUCCAGCACGUUCCAAGGUGGGAUGGAUGAUGCAGAAUAGGAUGGAUAUGCCAAGAUGGGAAGGAUGAUCCAGGUGGGAUGAAAACUGUGGAAUAGGAGAGAUGACUCAAGGUAGGACGGAUGUUCUGAGGUGGGAUGGAUGAUCCGGAAUAGGAUGGAUACUCCAGGAUGGGUGAGAUGAUCCAAGGUGGGAUGGAUGCUCUGAGAUGGGCAGGAUGUUUCCAGGUGGGAUGGAUACUCCAGGGCAUGGAUGUUUCCAGGAUGGGAUGGAUGUUUCAAAGUGGAAUGGAUGAUCCAGGUGGGAAGGAAUCUCUGGAAUAGGAUGGAUGCUCCAGGAUGGAUGAUCCAGGUGGGAUGGAAGCCCUGGAAAAGAAUGGAUGAUCCAAGGUGGGAUGGAUGCUGCAGAACAAGAUGGAUGUUGAGGAUUAGAGGGAUGAUCCAGGAAAAGAUGGAUGCUCCUGGGCAGGGUGGGGAUGAUCUGGAGGGAUGAUGAUGGAUGGAUGGAUGGAUGGAUGGAUGGAUGGAUGGAUGGAUGGAUGGGUGAUGGACACUCCAAGGCAGGAAGGAUGAUCUGGGACGAGAUGGAUGCUCCCAGGAGAGAUGUUCACUCCAAGGUGGGACGGAUCCCCCAGGACAGACGGACGCUCCGGUGGGACCCGGCUCCCUCGACCUUUCCCGGCUCUCUCCCCACUCCACAUCCGGAGCCUCGGCCACAAUUCCAGAACCUGAUCCCAGAACCCCAGAUCCUGGCUCUCUGCCUAUCCGGGAUCAGGAUCCUGGUGCCACCCGGGGCGUGGGGACACCGCUGUCCUUGUCCCCUGCCAUUAAUUAUCGCCAUUAUUAUCAACAUUAA